AUGAAACUGCACCGGGACGGUGUCUGGUUUGAUUGGGGAGGAGCCAAUAGAGGGGCUGGGCAGCGUGUUGGGGUGGCGAAUGGGGUGUUUCCGGCUGGCUGCAAGUGGCGCGAUGUGCAGCAUGAUGGCGGUGAGAAGGAUUUCUGGGCCGUGGAAGAGUACGAGUACUGGGAUGAGGGCAAGCAAGUCUGGACGAGCAAACGGCCCCCUGCAUGCAUUGUUCAAGGCCAUGCAGGCUCAAAUGAGUGGGAGACUGAGAGGCUGGGCUCACCAAGGACAGAAGUCAACUGUACAGUCACGCACUGCGUCUACCAGAAUCUCUGGUACAACAACGGCCGUUUCUUUCUGCUGGUUGAUGGCCCUGAUGCAGUGACUGGGUGGAAGAUGACGCGGAAUCAGGAUCUCAACAUUCUGCAUGUGGACAAUGCAACGGCGUUCGUUGACAACCUGCAAUGGCGCAUGGUCACCAAUGACACCCUCCUCUUUGACUUUGUCUACUUCCUUCAUCCGGUACAUCUUUUGGAGUGGGCGCGAGCUGUGAUUGCAACGACCUUGGGAGUGUUGCCUUCACGUGCCCUGCCACCACUCCUGAUGCAGCAGGAGGUGGACUCUGUCUGGGACCAGAUCUUGUCGCCGCUGGAGGGGUUUGGGCGGAGGGAGUGGGUGUGCUUUGAGAGGGCUCUGGUGGUGCGCGACAUGUUCCUGGGCGGAGAACGCACAUUCCUCAAUCAGGAGGACGCCCGCGCCUUCCGCUCCAUGAUUUACGCCCUGUACGGGCUGCCGCCGCCCACCGAGCGGCCGGUGCCGCGCGUGAUCACUUUCCAGCGCAAGCGCGCGAACCGCCGUGUGGUCAACGAGGAGCAGCUGAUCAGCCUGCUCAAGGAGUUUGGCGAGGUGCAUGUGGUGGAGUUCAACUCGUCGACACCGUUUGAGGAGCAGCUGCACACGAUGGCGGGGACAGGGGUGUUUGUCAGCGUGCACACCUCCAACCUGGCCAAUGCACCCUUCCUGCAGCCGGGCAGCGCUGUCAUUGAGAUCAUCCAGCGCAACUGGAUCUGGGAUAACCUGGACAGGUCCUUCCAAUUACAAACGGCAAGGAUGGGGGACAUUCACCAUUUUGCCUGGCGAGCCCGCUUUAGGAACCAGACCAUCUACAUCAACAAAAGGGACGGGGAGCGCUUUGGGGAUUGGGAGCCUCUACAGUGUUCGACGGAGGACUGUGUGGAGGCGCACACGAAUGUGGAUGUGGUUGUCAACCUGGACGAGUUCAGGGCCUUGCUGGAGAGCCGUCUUCCCCUUGUCUAUGGUGGUGCUAGCGUUGAUGAGGCUGCACUGCCCUGGCCACCCAUAGAGUAGCUAGAAUAAAUUACAUGUAGGCCCUUUCAGAUCUCCGUACAAGAUAGUGUGGGUGAGGUAGAGUUUGUUGCAUCCCUGGCAGUCUGGAAACUUGCCUGGGGAUGCUUCUUCAACAUGUACAAUUGGACUUCCAGUAUAUAAGGGGUGUCCGGAUACUACAUGAAAAGCAUCAGCUGAUCUGAGAUGUAAGAGCAAGCUGGCUGC